CUCACCAAGAUGGCCGCUCGCCCGACGGUCCCGGUUCCGCCCCGGGCCGAGUCUCCCCAUCGACCGGAUGAAAAUGGCGGCGGAGAAGCGGCAGUUCGUGGCGUCGCUGAGGGUUUAGGAUAGGACGUUGCUGUGGACGGAGAGACGGGGACGUGAGCGGCCAUCUGCUCAGUGUGCGGGCUGAGCUUCGAGGGGCUGAGCUUCGAUGGAGGAUCACAUGAUGGGGCACAACAAUGAGAAGCCUUAUGAGUGCGACGUGUGUGGCAAGGCCUGGCAGAAGCUGUACCUGCUGGAGACCCACCGGCGGGUACACACGGGAGAACGCCCCUUCGACUGCUCCAACUGCGGCAAGAACUUCGCCCGCUACGACGGCCUGCAGCAGCACAACCGCGUGCACUCCGGCGAGAGGCCUUUCACGUGCUCUGACUGUGGCAAAGGCUUCAAGACGGCCAAGAGCCUGAAAAUCCACCGACGGGUGCACACGGGCGAGAAGCCCUUCGGCUGCUCCAUCUGUGGCAAGAGCUUUACCCGUUUGUCAGGGCUGCAGGAGCACCGGCGGCUGCACAGCGGUGAGCGGCCCUUCACCUGCUCCGACUGUGACAAAGUCUUCAAGACUACGAAUGUUCUUAAGAUCCACCAGCGGGUGCACACAGGAGAACGCCCCUUCAACUGCUUGGAGUGCAGCAAGAGCUUCAGCCGCUACGACAGCCUGCUGCAGCACAACUACGUGCACUCUGGCGAGAGGCCUUUCACCUGCUCCGACUGUGGCAAGAGCUUCAAGACGGCGAAGGUCCUGAAGAACCACCGGAAGGUGCACACGGGCGAGAAGCCCUUCGGCUGCUCCACCUGCAGUAAGAGUUUUACCUGGUUGUCAGGGCUGCAGGAUCAUCAGCGCGUGCACAGCAGUGAGCGGCCCUUCACCUGCUCCGACUGCAGCAAAGCCUUCAAGUCGGCUGCAGACCUGAAGAAGCACAGACGCCUGCACAACGGGGAGCGGCCCUACACCUGCAGCGACUGCGGCAAGGGCUUCACCCGCUCCAACAGCCUGCUGGUGCACCAGCGCACCCACACCGGCGAGCGCCCCUACACCUGCGCACAGUGCGGCAAGGGCUUCAGCCAGUCUAACAGCCUGUUGGUGCACCAGCGUAUCCACACCGGGGAGCGCCCCUACACCUGUACCCAGUGCGGUAAGGGCUUCAUCCACUCCACCAAGCUGCUGUACCACCUGCGCACCCACACUGGCGAACGCCCCUACACCUGCGCCCAGUGCGGCAAGGGCUUCACCCGCUCCAGCAACUUGCUGGUGCACCAGCGCACCCACACCGACUAGCACCCCUACACCAGCACCUAGUGCGGCAAGGGCUUCACCCACUCCUUCAAGCUGCAAUCCCACCAGCAGGUACACGCCGACGACCGUCCAGUCCCCAGCCGGUGUAUGGAGAGCGCUAUGCCAUGGCCUCCCAUGUCCUGUCUCACCAGUACGUGCAUACCAGUGCCCAGCCCUACGACUGCCCGUACUGCGGUGAGGAGUUUGACAGCUCACGGGAGUUGCUCCCGCUGCGGCAAGCAUUUCAAGAACGCAAGGGGCCUGCUGGAGCACCAGCGAAUACACACCAGAGACAGACGCUUUGUCAGGGCUCUCGCUUAACUUUUUUUCCCUGUUGCCAGCCGGGCAACCUUGGCAGCUUUUUAGGUUGCCAAAUGACAGUUUAGGUGGUCAUUUAAGAUGGCUUGCAUGACACCUGCGAUAAUGUGCUCGGACGAAGUGCGUAGUUACCAGUCGGAAUUAUACUCAAUGAAGCAUUCACAUAUUUCUGCUUCAAAUAAAGUCACAAACUAAA